AUGAGUCACUGGAAAGAUACACAAAAGUCGAUUGACGAGGAAUUAGACGAUGAGUUUGCAGCUUUGGACGCCGAGUCGGAUACAAAUAGUCAGGCAAAGGCUGAUGGCUCUUGUUCUGGCAGCUCGAGCAGCGACUCAAGCGAUAGCAGUAGUAGUGACGAAUCCGCUGGCGUUGGCGAUGACUCUAUGACUGGCAAUGGAACCAACGCUGAUGACAAUACAUAUGUUGAUCCAGUGGACGAGAAGGUGGAGCAAACGAAAGGUCAGCAUAUAGAAAAUGAUGGCGAUUCAGGGGCACAGCCUUCUCUUCUGGUCGAUAAAGAUGUAGUGAGUUUGGCGGUAGUAGUUGAACCGAAUUGCGUUAGCACUCUAGAAGACAUGAUUUCUCCAACAUCCGACGUAAAGUUGCCGGCCCCCGAUUCUGUGCAGCCGGACAGUGCUGUGGCACUUGUUGCAAUCGAGGACAAGCUUAGCAGUGCUGAGACUUACCAACCAGGUUCUGUACGGAACAGCAUUCAAAACUCUGUUCCAACGAGCGGGGCUAUCAUUGACGGGGCUGAUAACUCUGCGGCCUCUGGCACUCAAUUUUCGACAGGUCAAAACUUGUCAAAGCGACCGACGCCUGUGACACAUAACGGCAGGGUAGAUGGACCGCCAGAACUCGAGGCUCAAUUUACCACACGUUCAAAGUCAGCCCCAGACGUCUCGGUCGGCUCCUUCGCCACGUCGACAGUUUAUGGUGAACAGGCUGCUGAAGCAUGUUGUACAGAUGAACAAACCGUCGAGGCAUCCAUCGUAGUUGAGCAACACGCUCUUCGAGAACUUCGGAACGUGGAUGAAGCAAAGUUGGAGAGCCAUCAAGGCAUUUCGCAAAAGAGAAUGAAACUGAACGAUGGUACAGGACAGGCAAAACGCGAAUCAGGGGCACCAGUACAGUCAGCGCAAGUAUUGACAGGCGACAAGGUGGUACAAACAGAGAGUGAUGCUACGGGUGAGGCCAGGGACGACCAACGGAUGAGAAAGUUUUCUCGAUCAGCACUUCAGCGAGCCGUUCGGUUGGGUAAAGGCGAAAACCCUGACAAAGCGUAUGCUCGACGAACUAUUUCUUUUUUGGUAAAGCUGUGCUGCAGAUUCACGAAUACUUGUCCCGAACAUGUGAUGAGCCUCUGUCAAGUUCUGGUCAGUGCGUAUCGUAAGCUAAGAAUCUCGCCAAUGCUCGUGGUGCGUGGAUCACUCAGUGUCUUUAGGACUCCGCGUUCUCGUCGUUUGAUGCAGGAAAGUGAACUGGGUCUAAGUUGGCUUUGCAAUCAAGUGCUGAUACGGGUUAUGUGCAACGAUUCCGAAGAUCUGGAGCAUGAUGGAUCCAUUGCUCCAGAGUCGUUGAGCUUGUCGCUUGUCGACGUGUGCUUGCUUCACCUUCGGGGUUUAUUGCUCGAAGAGCGAACAAGUGUCGGUGAUUUUCUCUCGGACGAUAGCCCGCACGUACACGUUGCUACACGUUCGAACAUCACCAGCCACGACAUUGUGUUUCUGGCGCAGACAUGUGCCCUUUAUACGCACCUAUGUCGUUCGAGUGGGCGGUUGUUUGCUUCGCGUGUGCUGCUCUUUGACCUUGUGCGUGAGAACCCAAACAUAAGGGGAUUGCACUUCGCGAGGGUGAUGCUUGAGAUCUAUCCGGCAAUGUUAGAGCGUGAGUUCGACCAACACUGCGUCGAGCGUCAGCAGAUACUGAGGGAGACAUUGCAGCAAGCUUUGGUAUUCAUAUCGAGCGUUUCCGCUGCGAAACAGGAGCUUUUGCUGCACCAGGCAAGCACCACAAUGCUUCACGCCAUCGCUGGCGCUCUCCAGAUGCCUGAGCUGGAGGAGGUCGAUGGCAACGAUCCUAGUCUACCGCGGGCUCACGUGGAAAAACUGUUCGGCAAGGUUUCUGUUCACUGUCGAUCAUCACAACCACGACUGCAAGACGAUGUGGUGCAAAGCCCCGUAACAGCUGAACAUUUUGCGCUUGCUAAGAGCAUGGAACUAUGCGCGGCGGUAUACGGCCUCGACCUCGUCACGGAAGUCUGUAGCAUCGAUCGGUGCCAAGAACUUUACAACGAAACAAACGUCGAAAACAAGAUCGGUAUCAUGUAUAUCGUAAGCCACAUAGCAACGACGUUUUUCUCGAAGACGUGUGACACACAGACUUCGAAGACUGGAGCACAGCAGUACGUCGAUGAUGUCGUGGAGUGGAUGUACCACGUUCUAUCGACUGACACGACAUCGUCACCGGAAGAUCACCAUAAGUUGAUGCUCGGGUGUGCAACAGUUUGUGUUGACUUGGUGUUGGAGUUCCCAUCACCAGCUGGCUUCGAAGCCCGACGACGAGCACUGUGUGCGGUGGUACAUUGGUUCGACACGAUACCGUCCGAUAAGUUGAUAGACUUGCCAGCUACAUUCUUAAGGCGACUCCGCCUUGCCGUCGUCGCUGCUCGACCACACGCAAUCGGCAAGUAG